GACUGAAGGAAGUGAGUAUGCGAGGAAGGGAGGGGAAGCUGCCAGAGCUGAAGAGGAGAGAAGAGAGAGGAGAGACAAAGCGCACUCCUUCUCCCUCCCAUACACUCUCACACACUCAUUCACCUCGUGAGCGGCAGAGUGGAGUGUAGCUGUGUGGAGCAGAAUGGGAAGCCUUUUAACACAGAGGGAAAUAGAAGCAGAGAGAGGCACAUAGGACCUGUGUGGGACUUCUACAACUACGCUUGCAUCACACUCUUCCUUCCCUCAUACACACCCACGCGCAAGCUCGCGUGAACCACGGCUGUCAGGCUGGACGGGACAGCAAGGACACCCAUUUCACACUCUCACACACAUGCUCUCACACCCACAGACACACACACUCUGGAGCGUACUAUGGUGGUCCAGGGAGCGGUGACGCCUGGGAGAACCCGCCGGCUGAUGCUUAAGCUGCCGGUGGGGACCCUACGGAGGAACAGUGCAGAGAGGAUGACAGAGGGGCGGCGAUGUCAGGUCCAUCUCCUGGACGACAGGAAGCUGGAGCUCCUCGUUCAGCCGAAGCUGAUGGCUAAAGACCUGCUGGACCUUGUUGCCUCUCACUUCAACCUCAAGGAGAAGGAGUACUUUGGAAUUGCAUACACAGAUGAAACGGGCCAUUUUAGUUGGCUGCAACUGGACCGCAGGGUAUUAGAGCAUGAAUUCCCCAAGAAGUCUGGUCCCAUUGUCCUUUACUUCUGUGUUAGGUUCUACAUUGAGAGUAUAUCCUACCUGAAGGAUAAUGCCACCAUUGAACUGUUCUUUCUUAAUGCAAAGUCCAUCAUCUACAAGGAGCUGAUUGAAGUAGACAGCGAGGUUGUCUUCGAAUUGGCUUCCUACAUUCUUCAAGAGGCUAAAGGUGAUUUCACCAGUAAUGAUGCAACAAGGUCUGACCUGAAAAAGCUGCCCGCUCUACCCACCCAGGCCCUAAAGGAGCACCCAUCUCUGGCCUACUGUGAAGACCGGGUCAUAGAACAUUACAAGAAGCUUAGUGGGCAGAGCAGAGGGCAGGCCAUUGUAAAUUAUAUGAGCAUUGUAGAGUCUCUGCCCACAUAUGGAGUGCAUUACUAUUCUGUAAAGGACAAGCAGGGGAUCCCUUGGUGGUUGGGUCUGAGCUAUAAAGGCAUCUUUCAGUAUGACUACCAGGACAAGGUCAAACCCAGGAAGGUGUUCCAAUGGCGUCAAUUGGAGAACCUCUACUUCAGAGAGAAGAAGUUUUCAGUAGAAGUUCAUGACCCCAGGAGUAGGGCGUCGGUGACGAGAAGGACUUUUGGUCACAGUGGCAUUGCUGUGCAUACCUGGUACGCCUGUCCUGCCCUCAUCAAGUCCAUCUGGGCCAUGGCUAUUAGCCAGCACCAGUUCUACCUGGACCGCAAACAGAGCAAGUCAAAAAUCCAUGCAGCGCGGAGUUUGAGUGAGAUUGCCAUAGACCUGACAGAAACAGGAACACUGAAGACAUCCAAGCUAGCCAACAUGGGCAGCAAGGGCAAGAUCAUCAGUGGCAGCAGUGGCAGUCUGCUCUCCUCAGGCUCUCAGGAAUCGGACAGCUCCCAGACAGCUAAGAAGGACAUGCUGGCAGCCCUGAGGGCCAGACAGGAAGCUUUGGAGGAAACACUAAGGCAGAGACUAGAGGAACUCAAAAGCAUCUGCAUACGGGAGGCGGAGCUGACUGGAAAGCUUCCAAAGGAAUAUCCUCUCGAUCCAGGAGAGGAGCCACCAACAGUGAGACGGAAGAUCGGUACCGCCUUUAAACUGGACGAGCAGAAAAUUUUACCUAAGGGAGAGGAAGAAGAGCUUGAGCGUUUGGAGCGGGAGUUCGCCAUUCAGUCACAGAUUACAGAGGCAGCCAGGCGUCUCGCCAGCGAUCCUCACGUAAGCAGUAAAAAGCUGAAGAAACAGAGGAAGACUUCUUAUCUGAAUGCAUUGAAGAAGCUCCAGGAAAUUGAGAACUCUAUCAAUGAGUACCGGGUCCGCUCUGGCAAGAAGCCUACGCAGAGAGCGUCGCUUAUCAUAGAAGAAGCUAAUAUUGGCUCUGAAGACAGCUCAUUGUCUGAUGCACUGGUCUUAGAUGAUGAUGAUCCUCAAGUUACAGGUACCCCCACCUUCUCUCCAGUAGCUUCACCUCAUAAGGGGCUCCCUCCACGACCACCAUCUCACAGUCGCCCCCCUCCACCGCAGUCCCUGGAUGGCCUGCGACAUCUGCACUACACACGCUCUGACUAUGACAAAUCUCCCAUCAAACCUAAGAUGUGGAGCGAAUCAUCACUGGAUGAGCCAUAUGAAAAAGUCAAGAAACGCUCAUCUCACUCCAGUCACAGGCGUUUCCCGAGUUCUGGAAGUGCAGAAGCAGGAGGUAGUAAUUCUCUGCAGAGUAGCCCCAUUAGGACCCUCCCUAACUGGAAUUCUCAGUCCAGCAUGCCAUCAACCCCAGACCUAAGGACCAGGACCCCACACUAUGUACAUUCCACCAGGUCAGUGGACAUCAGUCCCACACGUCUGCACAGUCUCGCUCAGCACUUUAGGAACCGCAGUUCCAGCCUUGAGUCUCAGGGCAAACUGCUGGCGUCCGAUCCUGACGCACAUCCAAACACCCUGGGCAGCCCUGACUUCUUCCUGGGCCCAGGACGCAGCUCCAAUGGCUCUGACCCACUGGAUGACUGUUCAUCCUGCACCAGCCAAAGCAGCUCAGAACAUUACUACCCCUCUGGUGGACCCCCUGGCAGUAAUCCAAACUACUCUACUCUGGGAGAAGAUUCACCCUCCAAAGCCAGGCAGAGGCAGAGGCAAAGGCACAGGUCUGCAGGUCACCUGGGUUCCUCUAACUCUGGCUCAAUGCCAAAUCUGGCAGCUAAGAAUGGUUCUGGUGGAGGUUUAGGUGGUAGUGGGGUGGGAGGAGGACACCAUGGAGUCUACCUCCACAGCCAGAGCCAGCCCUCUUCCCAGUACCGCAUCAAAGAGUACCCUCUAUAUGUAGAGGGCAGCCCCAACCCCGUGGUGGUGCGCAGCCUGGAGAGCGAUCAGGAGGGCCACUACAGCGUGAAGGCUCAGUUCAAGACCUCCAGUUCCUACACAGCUGGGGGACUGUACAAAGAAGCUUGGGGGGGAGAGGAGGGAGGAGAGGGAAGCGGCCGACUUACACCGUCACGCUCCCAGAUCGUAAGGACUCCAUCAUUGGGGAGAGAGGGUGGAGGAGGUGGGAGAGCGGCAGUAUCUGAAGAACUGCGGUGCUGGUAUCAGAGAUCUUCAGGGAGCCUAAAGGAGAGGAGUCACUCGCAUUCAGGAUCCACAUCUUCUGAGACUGGGUCACAGCAAGGCACUCUGGGACAUGGUCGAGGAAGUAGAAUAGGAACACUCGCCAAAGGCUCACCAGCUGCUUCCCCUCACAGCCAGAGGAGUAUGACACCCUCAAGUGAACACACAGCGACACCCACCCCUCCCUGCAGCCCACAGCACAUCCUCAACUGGCAGAGCGGGACUUUGAGUGACAGCUGUUUCCUCAGCAGCCCCCUGUGUUCAGAUAUAGCAGAUGUGCAGUGGUACGGACAAGACAAGGCCAAACCUGGAACGCUGGUCUGAGACCUUCCUAUGGGGCCUAGAAGAGUCCCAUUGCCCUCUCCUACUGCCUCUCCAUUGUCCCUCACGAUUACCCAUCAACAACCAACAACCUCAUCCUUGAAGCCCUACAGAAACCCUGCUCUGAGCAGACUGAUGGGCUGGACAUGAGCCUCCCUCCUCCCUACAUCUCACCACCUCUUUAUUAUGACCUGCCUGUUACAGUUCAGCGGGACAGAGACUACUCACUGAGCUCUUUAAGGGCAGAUUUCAGACUGAGAAGUGCCACCUCAGCUGUUAUACUUUCACCCUACAGCACCACAGAGCCCUUUCUUUACUCACCUACUGCAGCACACAAGUAACAGGGCAACGGGAAGCGAGCAAUGGGAAGAGAGAGCACAGAAAAAUAUCACACAUGCAAAUCAAACUCAGCAGAAACAACACAGGCCAUUCCAGGAUCUGCUUCAUAUUCAUCUUUGGUCCCCAGACUUACUCCAGUGCACUGCCUCCCAAUCAGAGGAUACCUGCUGGAUUUGAGCCACCAGUUUAACACCCACCCAGGCCCAAAUGAACUGUGUCACACUUGAUUCCCAUUAACAUUGUUUGUUUGUUUUUUUCUUUAUUUCUUUCUGCAUAUUUAUAAAAAAAAAAAAUGACACAAACAUUCAACAGUUCUCUGUUUAAUCCACAACCACAGACAGUUUCUCAAUAGACGGAUCACCCCAGAGUUCUUGGGGAGGCACAAAGAAAAAGUGAAAACUGUAUUGGAGUGAAUUCACAGUGACAAUAUCAGGAUGGUUUCUGAGACACUGUCUGGAUAUUAAUAAGGACUAUAGCAAUAACAAACCUCGUAGAAGUCUUUGAACUGGUUUGAAUCAAUGGAGUGAAUUGAAUCAGGAAUUUAAAGAUCAUGAUAGGGUGAAUUUGGAGUUGUGGUUGUUUGGUGUUACUCUUUACCUUCUUCACUGACUUCAUCCUUCAUGUUUAUUUUAAUGUCUCUGGUCUUUAGAAGAUUUCUCUGUCCACAGCAGCAUGUUUGGUCACAUGGUGUACGAGCCAGGGAGUGAAGGAGAGUUGGAGGAAAGGUGUAAUUUAUGGGUGAUGUUCUGGCAGAUCAAAUCACAGUCAUUACAGCACUUUUUUUGGCUGAAGUUUGUUGGUCCAGGCUUUCACGCUGUUUUAUAUUAGCCCCUGAAAGCAAAAAAAGAAAUGUCUGACAGCUCUUGGCAUUACUUAUAUUUUAAUAUUGCAGUGGCUCAGUGACAGUUGUUAAACCUUUGAUCUUGGCUCUACACCAGCUCUUACCAUGCUGAGUAUCCCUUUAUGGCACUGUGUUUACUCAUUUUACUUUAUCUGUUCCAAACAUGUUGGUGCUUUACAUUAAUACUGUAAUUUACUACUGAAAUCAUUACAAACUACACAGCCCCCUUUACAUCCCCACAGUGGAAAGCCAUUCUGUGAAAUAACAGUGCAGCACAGCAGAUUUAUUUUAACAUGAUUAAGUCUGAAAGCACAACACUAACAGUGUCUUUGAGGGCUGGACCUGCAGUAAGUGUAUUCUCAUAUCAAAGUGCAACCGCAAAGUGUUAAAGGGCAAUUCUCUCUUCAUUUCAGGCUUAAAAUAAUUAAAACCCCAUUGUCAGGGAAGAGAAACUAUAGCCAACACAAAAAUUCUUUAAUCCACUCAAACAGAGAGAAUUAUUUUCUCACGCAUCCUAAUCAAUCAAACAUUCAGAACAGGGUUAGAAAAGCACAUCUAGUUUUGUAAAAAAAAAAAAAUAAUAAUUUGGGCUGUUUUUUUUUUUUUUUUAGCUGUUUCCUUCUCUUCCUUUGACAAAUGUUUCCAUUGCAAAUUAAUGCUCACCACAGUUUCCUUCAAAAUCUGAUAGAAUCAAAUAUCAUUUUGUUCUCAACACAUUGUUAAUCUCAGUGACAGACCCUAUAGCACCAUUUAGACUGGAUAAAAGGUGUUCUGUGCUUUUUGGUAUGAGAGGAAUUGUAUGUCUUUCAUUUGUGUUUCCUUUAUAGACUGCUGUGAGUUGUUGUAUUUUGCCCCUUUCUACAAUAUUUUAGCACAAAGGUUUAGCCCACUUCCUGCAUGGUUAGUUCUUGGAGAGUUGUUCCUCCCAAGCUUGGUCAAAUUUAAUAAGUCUUUAAGCAGAACUGGAACCAGUAAUUACUGGUUACCACUUAAUAUGACGUCUUUACUCAAGUGUAUUUGUUAAGUUCGAUCUCGCUUUUCUCUCUGAAACAUUUCUGUGCCAGGCACUAAAUCCUACGCAUGCCCUGCAGAUCCUCUGAGAAAUGAAGACCCCAAAGACAGACACCCCAACUUCUUCAUGCUAACAUUAGCAUGUUUUACCCCACAGUGUUGUCCUACACCAAAAAAAAAAAAAAAAAAUUUACCAUUUUGACCUUGUUGUAAUCUCUGACCUCUGAGCCCAUUGUGAAGAAGUGUGACAUCCCUUCCCUUCAUAUUUCCAAACAGCAUAUUUCCUGUGCUCCAUACUAAUGUAUGAGGUUUUUGUAAUACUCCAAGAGAAAUUAACUAACUAUUUUACCAGUCUUUUCCUUGUAUGUACUGAUGGGGCACUGUUAGGUUUUGUGGGGUUUUUAAACAUUCACAUUCAUUGUUUUAACAAUGUUCCAUUUUAUAUGAAUCAGUAUUGUUUUUAAGUUUAAGACAUUGUAACAACCCUUUCAGGUGCUACAAAAUGACCAGUUACUGCUUUGUCAUGUAGGAUCUAGACAUUUCUUCAUUAUUAUCAAUAGAUUCAAUACCAGAUGUGCAAAAUGAAGCUUAUUUUAACAGACAGUUUAAUAGUAGAACACUUCCUCUACCAGACAAUUACAGCAUGUAACUCAAUUUUAUCAGUUCUGUUCAACUGAAACAAUACAUUAAAGGUGUUGUAGGAAAAAAAUGUGGAAUUGAUUAAAAAAUAACUUAAUUCCACACUUAAUUUAUUCUUUUUUGUAAUAAGGAUUUGUAUAGUAACUUUGCAUUUUUCAAAACUGUGUUGUUGGAAAUUGAUGAUGAAAUUUUCAAGAUGAGGAGCUGUGGUGGUUCUCGAGAGUAAGAAAAUAAAUUAUUGAUGAAUGUUCUCAA